AUGGACGGCAACCCCGACAACAGGGCUGAGGAGAGGAUGCUGGAUGCGGAUUUCGCCAGCGACGACCUCGACUUGUUUGGAUACCGCCGCUCCGAUUCGACGGUCACCCUGCCGCUGGGCCACGACCAAGAUGAUCAAGUCGGCCUUGAAAAGAACCAAGACUUGGAUGACCUGGCCGAUCUCGCGGCCCAAGAAGCCCUCGUCGUCCGGCGUGUGUCGCGAGCCGAGCCCCACAACCACCCCGUCGAGUUGUUACACGACCUGGCCCCCGUACCGCAGCGGCCGACCCAGAUGGAAGCCGAGGGCGAGCGCCCGGCGCUGAACCAGACAACCAAUUUCAACCUCAAACUCAGCAUCGACAGCGGCGGGACUCGUGUCCGCAGGAGGCCGAGGCGGUCGGUGGGCCAUGACGAGGAGGCUGUGGACAAGCGGAGACUGGGCGGGGGGGAAGAGGGGCGGCGUGUCGAGCCUCACACACAUCCGUCCCGCGGUCAUACGUGUAACCCCUGCACGAUCCUUAUCCUCCUCCUCGUGGUCCUCGCAGCCACGGCGUUGUUAUUAGCAGAUGGGGUCGAUAAGCAUAUCGUGUUCGAGCCAACCUCGCCGCGCAAGCCCACGCCGCCGAGCGCCAUCGCAGACUCCCUCACCAAGCUCGAGUACGACGCGAUAUAUCUCGAGCGGCGCCACGAGCGCGCCACCGCACACCUGCCAGCAGGCGCUGGGCUGCGGGACGUGCUGGCUUGGAGCACACAGCCGCGCCUGCUCCGCCGCGAGGACCUCCGGGCUCGGCUCCUGGGCGAGGAGUACGAGAGUAACAUCGUCUACCACCUCCGCACCUCGGAGGCGCGGCUGCGGAGCGUCCUGGGUCAGGUCGGAGGGCCGGACAGCAUGGGCCGUCGGCUGAGGGCCGCCGCACCCCGCUGGAUGAGCCCGAGCCUGGACCCGCAGGUCUACGAGGUGGUGCGAGCGGAGCGGGCCAGGGCCGCAGCGAUGGUGGAGGAGGCCAGGAGGAUCGUCGCCGCCUUAUCGGAGUCCCGGGAUUCUGCGCUGCGUGCCUGCCAGUCGAGGCCGCGCCAGGACGCCGAAGGGGCCUGGGUGCUCGACGACAACUCGGUGUGCCGCAGUGACGAGGAAGGGGCGGGGUCGCUAGGGGCCGAGGGGGUGGGGUCCGCCGAGGGGGAGUCGGACGCGAAGACGGCCCUCGGCUUCAUCAAUUGGAUCUGCCAGGACCUCGACACGAUGACCAUGGUCGUUGACGACCGUGGCGCCGACGCGGAUGCCGACGACGCGCAGGUGCAAAGCCUCGCUGCCGAGGCUGCAAGGGUCCUCGAGAGGUGGGAGGGACUGGCCGGCCAGUGGGAGAUGCUCGCCGAGCUGUAG